UAGUUGUACGUUCAAAGAAUGAAUACAUCCAUCCAGAAAUAGUAGCUUGUAGAUAAUUGUUUUCAGAACCUGAACAUGAUGGGUGCCGAUAGUAUAUUCGCUUGUACAGUUAUGUUGCGAUUCAUUCUCGUCUUGCUUAAUUAUAUUUCAUUCAUUUAUGACAGUAUUUUCUCAGCACCAAUAGAGGGGGACGCGAAUUCAAAGAACACGGGGUAUGUGCUGAGAAUUACGUAAUCACAUGAAUCGUUAUAUUUCACAGGUAGCCUAGUGAAUUAUUGUCAGCCGCUAUAACCCAUUAACAUACUGACGUUGGGAUCGUCGAAUAGUGUAUUUUACCCGCGUCGGCAUUGUUUGUGAGGGCCUGGGUGGACGUUUUCCGUGAGACCCAGUGGUAAUGGGAGGGGAUUCGUGAAAAUGGCAGCUCAGAGGCGACCCGUUUCAGUCAAAAUGUUUUAAAUCCGUGCAGCAUUAUUUCACUAAAUCCGUUGACAGCUGAUAAAUAAAGGACAAUGAUCGCAUACAUAUUUUGCUCGAUUGAAUAUUAACGAUCACAUUUGGAAUCGAACACUAAUGUUUUGAGGUUUGCUAUCCACUGUCUUCUUGGUACCCCACCCCACCCCCGCUCUUUCGCACUUCCUUUCAGAAUGACUCUCUUUUCCUGACCAAAACAGUAUGAAAAUAGAUAUAUUAUAAUAAGCAUAAAUAAGAAAGACUUCACAUAUAUUGUAUGUGUGCAUGAGAUCUUGUGGAUUUAUCAUAGUGUGUUUGUGUGUGUGUGUGUGAUUAAAAAUAUGGAAUGAAUUAUAUUGUAUGAAAGGCCAGUAGGACCAGGGGUUGGAAGCCACAUUCCUCAAGGUGUGUGCUGUUAUCACCAGACGGAACUGGUUUGACUGCUUCCGGUUGCCCACCUCUCACCCCCUGCCUUGUGUUAAACAUCAGGCUAACCCUUUGGGUCUGCCCCCUCAGACACUACAACAAGGUGAUUGGGGAGGUGCAUUGCCCUGCGACUGACCAUUGUAGGCUCCCACUAAUCAAAACACGGCAUCAUGCACAAUUGUUUAUGGUCAACCUCAACCCCUCCCCAAACAGUUAGUGGUUCUGGAUUCUAGACUGAGAGGACAGAGGGGAAAUUCUUAUCUGGCAGAUAAGAAAUGGCCUUGAGAUAAGUGUGCCUGCAUGCCCAAAGUAAGUGCCUGGACGUUUGUUUAAGGACCACACCUCAUCAUACCUCAUCCCCCACAUCACUGCCCACCUCCACCUGUCUGCAUUUCCUGGACUGCAGUCGUAAUAAAGUUGAAAGAGUCGGAAUCCUUGUUGUUGGUGUUCUUGCUGACACCCCGUGGCGAUCGCACCUUUAGUGACACCCCAAACCUAGGAAUCCAAGGGAGCAGUUCUGGGAGGUGAUUAGUGACGAGCAUGGCAUCGACCCCACGGGGACAUACCACGGUGACAGUGACUUGCAGCUGGACAGGAUCAGCGUGUACUACAAUGAGGCCACAGGUGGGAAGUUUGUUCCCCGGGCCAUCCUGGUGGACCUGGAGCCCGGCACCAUGGACUCAGUCCGCUCCGGGCCCUUCGGACAGAUCUUCAGACCCGACAACUUUGUGUUUGGCCAGAGUGGCGCCGGCAACAACUGGGCGAAGGGCCACUACACGGAGGGGGCGGAGCUGGUGGAUUCAGUCCUGGACGUGGUGAGGAAGGAGGCUGAGAGCUGCGACUGCCUGCAGGGCUUCCAGCUCACCCACUCCCUGGGCGGGGGCACGGGCUCCGGCAUGGGCACCCUGCUCAUCAGCAAGAUCCGGGAGGAGUACCCCGACCGCAUCAUGAACACCUUCAGCGUGGUACCCUCCCCGAAGGUGUCCGACACGGUGGUGGAGCCCUACAACGCCACCCUCUCUGUCCACCAGCUAGUGGAGAACACAGACGAGACCUACUGCAUCGACAACGAGGCGCUCUACGACAUCUGCUUCCGCACGCUCAAGCUCACCACCCCUACCUACGGAGACCUCAACCACCUGGUGUCCGCCACCAUGAGUGGAGUCACCACCUGCCUGCGCUUCCCCGGCCAGCUCAACGCCGACCUGCGCAAACUGGCCGUCAACAUGGUGCCCUUCCCCCGCCUGCACUUCUUCAUGCCCGGCUUCGCCCCCCUCACCAGCAGGGGGAGCCAGCAGUACCGCGCCCUCUCCGUGCCCGAGCUCACCCAGCAGAUGUUCGACGCCAAGAACAUGAUGGCGGCGUGCGACCCGCGCCACGGGCGCUACCUGACAGUGGCCGCCGUGUUCCGCGGGCGCAUGUCCAUGAAGGAGGUGGACGAGCAGAUGCUGAACGUGCAGAACAAGAACAGCAGCUACUUCGUGGAGUGGAUCCCCAACAACGUCAAGACCGCCGUCUGCGACAUCCCGCCGCGUGGCCUCAAGAUGGCCGCCACCUUCAUCGGCAACAGCACCGCCAUCCAGGAGCUGUUCAAGCGCAUCUCGGAGCAGUUCACCGCCAUGUUCCGGCGCAAGGCCUUCCUGCACUGGUACACCGGCGAGGGCAUGGACGAGAUGGAGUUCACCGAGGCCGAGAGCAACAUGAACGACCUGGUGUCCGAGUACCAGCAGUACCAGGACGCCACCGCAGAGGAGGGCGAGUUCGAGGAGGAAGGCGAAGAGGAAGUGGCCUGAGCUUCGCUCUGUCCACACCCACGUCCCUGCCCCUCCCUUCUCCCUUCAGUCUGUUUUCUCCCUAUCGCUCCUCUACUCCCUCCAUCUCACUGAUCUCCCCCCCUUUUCUCUGUGGUUAAUCUGAAGAGCACACAUUCAUUUUUUCUCAUGCGUUGUAGGAAGAAAAAAAUAAAGAGUUGGUGUAGUGACAUUGGUGAUGUUUCUGUUGUUGUUGUUGUUUGGGUUUUUUAAGUUAUUUGUGCUGUGCUACAUGGAAUCACUGCACCAUAUUCACUUUCAUGCUGUGACUCAAAAUAAUGAACAGCAAACAAAUUCUACGACAAGGAGGAAUAAACAAGUAAUAAUAAAAUGUCUGUUGUUUGACUUUGAUUGAAUAAAGACAUUGAAAACCUGGAUUAA